CAAUGUCCGGUCAAAUUAUUGUUGUUGGUGGAGGACUUUCCGGCCUUUCUGCUGCUCACACGGUCUUAGAGCGUGGUGGAAAUGUUGUGGUUAUUGAUAAGAACUCUUUCUUUGGCGGCAACUCAACUAAAGCCACGUCUGGUAUUAACGGUGCUUUGACCAAAACCCAGAUAGAUUCCGCUGAAAUUUUUGCUCAAGAUACUACACGAUCUGCUCGUGAUCUUGCUCGCCCUGAUCUUAUAAAAGUUCUUACUGGAAAUUCUGCUUCUGCAGUCGAAUGGCUUCAAGAAAAAUUCAAAUUAGACCUUUCUCUUGUAUCUCGAUUGGGUGGUCAUUCUCAGCCGCGUACUCAUCGUGGAAAGGAAAUGUUCCCGGGUAUGACGAUAACCUAUGCUUUAAUGGAAGGUAUCGAAGAGAUUGCUAAAAAACAACCUGAUCGAGUCCGACUCAUCAAGAAGGCACGUGCUACAAAAUUAAUUAAGGAAGGCGAGACUGUCGUGGGCGUGGAAUAUGUCAAAGAUGGCCAAACUUUCAAGGAAUAUGGUCCUGUGGUUUUGGCUACUGGUGGUUAUGCAGCUGAUUUCACGGAGGACUCUUUAAUUAAAAAGUACCGUCCAGAUAUAUACCAUUUACCCACUACCAACGGUGAUCAUUCUACAGGUGAUGGACACAAAAUGAUUAUGUCCAUUGGAGGAAAGGCUACUCAUAUGGAAAAAGUUCAAGUCCAUCCAACAGGGUUGGUUGACCCGAAGGAGCCUAAUGCAAAAAUCAAAUUUUUGGCCGCUGAAGCGCUUCGGGGUGUUGGUGGAUUGUUAUUAAAUGGUGAAGGAAAACGAUUUUGUGAUGAAUUAGGUCAUCGUGAUUACGUUACUGGUGAAAUUUGGAAAACCAAGGGACCUAUCCGUCUCGUUCUUAAUAGCAAAGCUUCAAAAGAAAUUGAAUGGCAUUGUAAGCAUUAUGUUGGUCGUGGUUUGAUGAGAAAAUUUUCUGGUGAAGCGUUGGCAAGGGAAAUCGAUUCUGAAGUCAGAAAUGAGCAAGGAAACGUUAUUCCGGGACUAUAUGCCUCUGGGGAAUUAGCUGGUGGUGUUCAUGUCUAUGGUCGUGUUGCCGGCGAUUCCGCAUCCCGUUAUCUAUUCCAGAAUUUGUCAUGUGCAACUGCCAAUCGUCGUCUAGAGCAAAUUACUGGACAAUUGGCUCCAUAUCAAGCAACCGUUUCUGUUGACCCUGCAAGUCAAAAAGUGAACUUGGAAAUUUCUUGGGGUCAACAAAAAGAUGCUAUAAGUCAGUAUACUCCAGCUCAAACUUCUCAAGCUUCACCAAGCCAAGCACCGGCUCCAGAGAAGAAAGCUGAGGUACCACGUGAGAAGAAGGAAUAUACCGCUGAAGAUGUUGCUAAACAUAAUAAAGAAAACGAUCACCCUGGUGGUAAAAAAGCCAUUCUAAUUUAUGCUGGAAAGGAUGCUACUGAAGAG